AAGGAGAUUCAAUUUGUUGCGGCAUCAGACACCUUACGAGUACAACAUUAAUUUAAAACCGACCCAAAAAGCACUACAAGUAAUUAAACGCGACAUUGAAUACAACCGUGGGAAUAUGUACGCAAACAACACGCCCCAGCAUAAAUUAACUAACAAUAUUAUAGAAACAAUCGGGCAAUUAAAUUUUUAUACAGUUGCGUUUGAGCAAAUAUAUGACCUUAGUGACUCGGAGAAUGCGUCGCUGGCGAAGUUACUGAAAUAAAAAUAAAAAAAAAAAACUGUCCACAUGCUCGCAGUUUUACAAAACGGCUCGGACAAUUAAACAAUUGGGAUCUUACGGCACAGGUGAGUGCGACGAAAAAAGAUUUUCCGUUUCAGAUAAUGAAAUGACAACAAUGGUGGCGUUUGCGCAAGGCAUUCGCACGGCGAGGUUGGCGAGUGGGGCGAUAUUUUAUAUAGGGGAGCGAGCUGCGCGGGCGCAGCCGUAGCGCCGACAUGCCGCUGCGGCUGACCUAGCGAGAUGAUCCGCCUCGUCAUACUCGUGUGCCUCACCAUCGCGACCGCUUCCCAAACAGACGUAACCAAAGAUGCUACCACUGAAAUACCUGCUGUUAAUGCCACCAAAGAAAUCUUGAAAGCGAGCGAAACUGGUGACCCAUCUAAAGUAGAGAUCGUUAAGCAGAUACGCCGAUUGAACGAUGACGGCUCGUACACCAUCGGUUACGAAGCUGAUGAUGGCACGUUCAAGAUCGAAAGUAGAGAUGUCUUGGGCAACGUGAAAGGGACCUUCGGGUACAUAGAUCAGGAUGGUGAAAUCAAGCGCGUGACAUAUUCUUCAUCAAGUGAUAGUACACCGGUACCGGUGACGACUAGCAGCACUACACCGAGCACACCAACUAUGAUAGUAAGGAUGAACAAAACUAUAUCUUCGACUACUAGAAGGCCAUUAGCGACCAUCGUAUAUCCAACUAGAAGUAUUUAUACAACAAGGGGAACUGUCAUCCAGCCUAUACCUAGAAGGAGGCUAAUUGCGAGUUCGACGAGAGCAGCAACCGCCGAAACUACAACAGAAAAACAAAAACCAGAAGAAACUACAAGUAAUAUCCUGAAUCUUUACAAACCAAAGUCAGAAGACAGUGUUAAGUCGCGAACUCAAAUUUUAAAACCUAUGCCAACUACAGUGAGUGAUGAUUUAAUUACGAAACAAACAACUAAACUACCGACGACAGUGAAACCAGUUUAUGAACAUAUAACUGAAAAGGGCCCUGAACAAGAUGUUAAUAAAGCGAAUACUAUCCGCCGAGAGCUGACCGGAACCAGUCCUAAUCCACAUAUGGUCAGCUUACAACAAUCAGUUGGUGAUGACUCCACUGAUGUAUAUGGAAGUCAUCUGUCUCUUGGAACUGUGCGCCCGUUGUUCACUACCACCACACCACGUCCGAGACUUGUGCCUAUACAUUCUUUAGUAGCUGCAAGGCAAAAGAUUCAUCAGCAAUACCAGGAAGCACAAAGUCAGGAUCAAGAGACUACUGUUGAAGCAAGUACAGGCCGUGUUUUCAACCAGGAAAACGUUGUGACCACUAACCCAGUGCCAGUUAUUCAUAUACCAACUGAAAGUGAAGACGAUAGGUUAUACCAUCAACAACCUAUUUACAGAAGACCGCAAGCAGCUGUUCACUUCCGGACACGUGAGUACUUAAAAGACAACCCUGGAGCUGCUGUGCCUAUUGGAAAUCAGCGGCCCUUUCUUCACUAUGAAUAUCCGAACAAAGUACUGGAGCCACAGUACGUGAGGGAGACAUCACCACCGCCGCAAACUAAAACAACAUCCGAACCUGCAACCGCUGCACCGUACGAAAUCAGACCUGUGACUAGAAUUAUCCCUAUUCCAGUGGAUGAGAGAGGUGUUCCAAUUCAGGGGUAUCAAGCGAGAUUUGUUAAUCCAUACCAUGUAACCCAACCUCAAACUCCAGCGAUAAUCCAACCGCGAUAUGAACCGAUCGACGAAAUGAGUUCAAUAUCUGCUCCAGUCAGUACAAGGGACUUGAAACGCUUGCUCCAGAUUCUGAUAUUACGGCAGAACCGUCUGCAAGCUUUAAUGGACCAGAUUGUGUCGCCUGGACCGGCGUAUCAGCCGGUACACCUAUUCCGGCAAGAGCAACCUCAGUAUUACAGGUUUGAUAAUCGGCGGUACCAGGGUGAUGACCGCUACGAUUAUAGAUUCGAUCAGCAGCAGUACAGGCAGCAAGAAGCGUAUUCAAACCAAGUGCCGAGUUACGACAAUUCCCAAUAUGAAAGUCAGCGUUAUAUUCCUCGACGUAGGAUGUAUAGACCGUAUGAUACAGUGAGCGCAUCAUCGAAUCAUAUCGAGGAAUCUCCCGAGUACUUACCACCGGACGUUCGAGAAACUUUACUGUUGAAGAUGUUGAUGCUGGCGAUCAGUCCUGACUUUAUGCCAACACCAGCGCCACCUACCGAGCUGACCACCGCUGCACCCCCGAGAAAGCAGGUCAGGAACGUCCAGAUCCUUGGAGAAGACGGCUCUACGGACGACAAGAGGUCCAUGCAGAGAUAAUGAGGUGGUGUGGGAGCAGACUGCGGCGCGGGCCUGUACUGCGGUUGCGGUGGUGGUGCAGGCCUGUACUGCGGCCGGGGCUGUGGUCGCGGCUGCGGCGGG